AUGGACGAGGGAGAGGGAGGGGCUGCGUAUUCCUUAGCGCUCUCUGUGGCGGAGUCCACGUUCUUAGACAGCGCUGGGCCCCUGCGCCCGAGCAACGGGGCGUCGCGCCCGUCCAAAGGUGCUGGGCACGAUGGCCAGCCCACGGCCUCGGGUUCCCCGGACUCGGACUCACAGCUGCGCGACGCGACCUCCCGGAUGUGGAAGCUCGAGUCGGAACUUGCGGAGGCGCGUGACAGGAUCAGCGCCCUCACGGGCGAGCGCGACGAGCUCAAGGAGUCCCUGAGGGCCGCGGAGGCGCGCGCGAGGCAGCAGGAGGAGCGCGCCGAGGCCGCGGAGGCGUCGCUGGCCGAGGCGAACGAGCAACUCAAGGCCUGGGGGGACGAGGGCUGGGGCGAGGAGGGCUGGGACACCGAAGGCUGGGGCAUGCUGGGCUGGGGGGGCUACGAAGCCCUGGACCCUGCCUCGCAACACUACUUCCGCGAGCAGUUCGACGGGUACAUGGGGCAGGGCGAGGACGUGGCGAUGCAGCACCUCGUCGAGGCGUGCGGCGGCGACGUCGAGGCCGCGACGCACCUGUUCCGCAACCUCACGGUCCACGACGGCGCGCGGGGCGACGGCACCAGCGGCGACGCCGGCGCCCAGCCCGCGCCCCCGCCCGCCGACUCGGAGCACUUCCCGGCGCUCGGAGGCGCGUCGAACGGCACGCACGCUGCGCGCGCGGGCGCCGACGGCGGCAAGAAGCCCGUCGUGAAGGUCGUGGGCAAGAAGAGGGUGAUUGACCUGUCGGGGGUGGUGCCGGCGAACAGCGGGCCGCCGCCGGGCGUGCAGUUCCCGCACGAGAUCGGCGACGAGCGGCACCGCGCGCGGAACGGCGGCGGACACAUCGGCGCGCAGUGGACCACAGAGCGGAUCGCGGGCGCGGGGAGCGAGGCGUACGCCGGCGCGGGGGUGCGGUGGACGCCGACGGGCGAGGCGGUCAGCGAGCUGUACGGCGACGCACGGACGCGGGCGUCGGAGCACGCGCGGGCGCGGAACCAGUGCUUCAUGCAGGCGACGAUCGCGUACCAGAACGGCGACGGGAAGCUCGCGCGCGACCUCGGCGCGCAGGGGCGCUGGCACGCCGAGCGCAUGGCCGAGGCGCACCACGCGGCGUCGCAGGCGAUCUACGGGCAGCGGAACGGCGCGUUCGCGCGCGGCGGGGAGCAGGUGAUCGACCUGCACGGCCAGCACGUCGCCGAGGCGCAGCGCAUCCUGGACGGCGCGCUCCAGCGCGGGUCGGGCACGUGGCGCAUCCUCGUGGGCACGGGGCACCACACCGUCGGCAGCAAGACGCCCGCGCGGCUCCCGGCAGCCGUCGAGGAGCACCUGCGCGCCAUGGGGUUCAGCCCGCGCGCUGCCGCGCCGGGCGUCAUCUCGGUGGACUGCUAG